AUGUCGUCCAACGGUACCACAACGAGGAAGAUUGUCUGCUUCUCAGACUUCGAUGGGACGAUAUUCAUGCAAGACACAGGCCAUGUCCUCUUCGAUAACCUAGGAUGUGGCGCCAAGCGCCGCCAAAUGCUCGACGAGCAAAUCAAAUCCGGCGAGCGCUCAUUCCGCGAAGUCUCCGAGGAAAUGUGGGGUUCGCUACGGAUCCCCUUCGAGGACGGCUUCGAUGUGAUGCAGGAGGAGUUGGAUAUUGAUCCUGGGUUCCAGGAAUUUCACAAGUUCUGUAUCGAAAAGGGGAUUGAUUUCAAUGUUAUCAGUGCUGGUUUGAAGCCUGUUUUGCAGAAAGUGCUGGACACUUUCCUGGGAGAGCAAGAGGCUUCGCGCAUUCAGAUUGUCGCCAAUGAUGCAGAAAUCAAGUCCGACGGGUCGGAGUGGAAGCCGAUCUGGAGGCAUGAAACAGAGCUUGGCCACGACAAGGCGCUGUCUAUCAAAGAGGGUCGUGCGCAAGCAGCAGAAGAUGCUUUGGAAGGAGAGAUCCCUCUUAUCAUCUUCAUUGGUGACGGCGUGUCCGACCUCCCGGCUGCUCGCGAAGCAGACGUUCUCUUUGCGCGCAAGGGCCUGCGGUUGGAGGAAUACUGCAUUGAGAACAAGAUCCCCUACAUUGGUUUCGACUCAUUUUCCGACGUCAAGCGGGAAGUAGAAGCGAUCAUGAAGGAGGAUCAGGAGAAGACCAAGGGUGUGGGCAAGCCUGCCCGAUUCAACCCCCGGGCUAAUAUGUGGCGGCGGAUUUCUAGCAGGCAGGCUGUCCCGAAGUUCGUCGCUGCGACGCCAUCCAACGAAGAGAAGAUGUUCCUCUGGCCAGAGAGCUUCUCCGAAUACCGACCCAAGAAUGCGGAUGAUAUCCGAGUGUGA